UUGACUUUGUCACAGAGGCAAAAUUGACGUCCGAACGUGUUGUUGCGCCCCUCAACAAGCAGGACCACGCCACCAAACACCACGAACACAACGCGUGCAUGGCUGCUGGGCGACGGACAGGGAGGCGCAAGGCCAAGGCGGAGCCAGAGAAGGAGAAGGAGGAGGACGACGUGCUUGUGAUUGAAGACGACGAGGACGAGGAGGAGACUGGCAGCGUGAGGAGGCGCAGCCCGCGGGUUCAGAUGAACAAGACGCGGAAGGCGCGGCAGUCACAGGUCGCGACGACGCCUGCUCCAUCUUCGUCUUCAACAGUAGCACCACGCCGAAGCCCACGCCGGAAGCCACGCUCCAAGGAAACGCCAGCCCAGCAGCUGCGCAAGGCCACAGCGCGAACCUCGUUUGUGGGCAGCGACGACGACGACGACGAUGGCGAUGAUGACGAUGAGGACGAUGUAUGGGAGCCGGACGUGGAUGAGGAAGCGUCCAGCAGUAGCAGCAAUAGCCCGUCCAACUCUGACUCGGACUUUGACGACCUGCUGAGCAGCCCCACCGUGGUCAAGCCAACGCCGCCGCCACCACCACCAGAACCGCAGCCCACCAAACGCGCGAAGCGGACUGCGGCAAGGAGGAGGAAUGCACGUGGAGACGGUGCAGCAGGAAGGGCGUCCACACCUGCAGCCAGCAGCGGCACCAGCAGUGCAUCUGCUUCGCAACAACGCAGGAAAGUGGGCAGAAAGAAGAAAGAGACUCUGGACGAGCGCAUUCACCGCCUACACCCGGAAAUCAAAGAAGUGUGGACCACGCUUCGUGGCAUUGAUCCAUCCACGGAGCUGGACAUUCCAGAGCAGCCCGAGAACCUUGCCGUGACCCUUCUGCCUUUCCAACGCGAAGGCCUGGCGUGGAUGAUCAACCAGGAGAGCAACUCUGACUUUCAGGGCGGCAUUCUCGCUGACGAGAUGGGGAUGGGGAAGACCAUCCAGACGAUUGCGCUGUUGCUGUCGCGGCCAUCGCAGGCCGAGCCGCGGAAACCAACGCUCGUCAUUGCUCCCACCGUCGCCCUCUUCCAGUGGCGAACGGAGGUGGAGGCCAAGUCGAAGCCCGGGUCGUUGAAGGUGCUGGUGUAUUAUGGCAGCGGCCGCAACCGCGACGCCGACCACAUCACGUCGUUUGAUGUCGUCCUCACUACCUACGCCACCGUCGAAAGCGAGUGGCGGCGGCAACAGAGCGGCUUCAAGCGCAAGGGGGAGAAGGUGAAGGAGAAGUCGACCAUCCACUCCAUCGCCUGGCAUCGGGUGGUGUUGGAUGAGGCGCACUUUAUCAAGGAUCGCUCCUGCAGUACUGCCCGCGCCGUCUUUGGCCUCAGUGCAAAGUACAAGUGGUCCCUCUCAGGCACCCCGCUCCAGAACCGCGUGGGUGAGAUGUACUCACUGGUCAAGUUUCUCAAGGGCGAUCCGUUUUCCUUCUACUUCUGCCGCCAGUGCGAGUGCAAGUCGCUCACGUGGAACUUCAGCAAUUACAAGCGGUGCGAUGACUGCGGCCACGCCAAUUGCAGCCACUUUGCCUGGUGGAACAGAGAGAUUUUGCGGCCCAUCCAGAAGUUUGGCCCCGUCGGCGCAGGCAAGGUUGCCUUUGACCAUCUUCGCCAGCUGCUCAGUGCCAUCAUGCUGCGGCGCACCAAGGUUGACCGGGGCAGCGAGCUUGGGCUUCCCCCGCGCAUCAUCCACACCCGCCGUGACCUGUUUACACACGAGGAGGAGGACUUUUACGAGGCGCUCUUCUCCGAGUCCAAAACGCGGUUUCAGAGCUUUGUGCGUGCAGGCACGGUGCUGAACAACUACGCGCACAUCUUCGAGCUGCUCAUGCGCAUGCGGCAGAGCGUGAACCAUCCGUGGCUCGUCACGCACCGUGUGGACAGCAAGGACGACAAGGACGUGUGCGGCAUCUGCCACGAGUUUGCAGAGGACCCCAUCAUGAGCGGGUGCAAGCACACGUUCUGCCGCGAAGAGGUGGAGCUGUACAUUUCCUCCAGCUGCGCCGAGGUUCCCGUCUGCCCCGUGUGCUUUCAGCCCCUCUCCAUCGACCUCACACAGCCCACCAUCGAAAGGCCCAAGAUUGCUGAGAAGUCAAAGAGCAAGAGCAUUGUGCGACGCCUGGACAUGGAGCGCUGGCAGAGCUCAACCAAGAUUGAGGCCUUGCUUGAGGAGCUCACGGCCCUGCAGAGCGACACGCACUGCAUCAAGAGCAUCAUCUUCUCCCAAUUUACGCAGUUUCUUGACCUACUUGAGUGGCGUCUCCAGCGUGGUGGCAUCAGGUGUGUCAAGUUGGAUGGGCGCAUGUCGCCUGCCAGUCGUGCUGCUGUCAUUGACGCCUUCAACACAAAACCUGAGAUUACCGUCUUUCUCAUCUCCCUCAAGGCGGGUGGGCUUGCGUUGAACCUGACUGCGGCGAGCCGGGUGUACAUCACGGACCCGUGGUGGAACCCCUGUGCGGAGGCGCAGGCCAUGGAUCGCAUUCACCGCCUGGGCCAGAACCGGCCCGUGGAGGUGCGGCGCCUGAUUAUUGAGAACUCCAUCGAGAGCCGGAUCGAUCAGCUGCAGGAGAAGAAGCGCCUUCUCUUCGAGAGCACGGUUGGAAUGAACUCAUCCGCACUAAACCGGCUCACGGAAGAGGACUUGCGUUUCUUGUUUGUCCUGUGAUUACCCCCCCCCC